UAGAAAGUCUUCAGAAUCCGCGCAAAGUGAUGCUUUGGACAAGACAUAUCUAGACUGUUUUAUUUAAGUGUCACAGGAGACAAAGGUACUAUGUACUGGCACAAGUCCUUUAACUGACGUGCGGAUGGCUUGCAGUUUCAUCUUUCUUAUUUGCCUCUUGGCGGCUCUCUUCCUCUUUUCAUGCUUUUGACAACUGAGCCCUGAAAUGGCACUACUGUUCCACUACAACGAAGAAAAAAAUCCUUUUUUUUUCUGUUGCUCUCAUUUUCUUACACACGACCUUGUCUCCCAGCUAUAAUAUCUGCAAGAUACAGACACCAAACAAAAAGGAGAAUAAAAUCAACAAGACUUUUCAUGGAAUUUAAUACGGGAUGCUGCUUCUAGGAAAUAUUAACGCCAAUGCUGCAGAGGCAUCUGUGUACAUUGGACAAAACGCAUAAGAAAUAAAUACUGCGAAGAGAAAAUGCCACGGAGGUCUAACUGGAUGAAGUUUCUGACAGUCUGCAUGUCGAGUUUGCAUCUUUAUAACCCCGAAAUUAGAUCGAUGUUCAACAACAGAUAAAACAGAGGAGUCCUCUGAAACUGUUGGUCCCAAACUUGUAACACGUUCAUAUCAGAGCUAAUGAGUUUCCUAAGGAUUUUAAAGGGAUGAACUCUAUAGGAUCGUGGGAUGGAACUCAUGUAAAUCGUGUUGUUUAUGUGGGGGUAAAAUAAAUGUUUCAGAUUAUCACAAAGGCGGUUAUUGCAGUGAUCGAUUAAACUCAGGACAUCCUGUGAACAGAGCGAACGUUUGUAAAAGAAAAACAAAACAUCUGUUUGAGAAUGAGCAAGCACGUGUGUCUAUAAGAAACUAACCGCACACAAUGUGAAUUUUGAAACAGGGUGCUACCUAUCACUACAAUUUCACUGACGAUACCUUCAGUAAGUAAGUUUCAGUCCAUGUCAUUGCAUCUGGAUUAAGUGGCAAGUGUACUGCAAAUGUUGUCCAAAGAGGUAUUCUUGUUGCUGUUUCUUAAAGCUCCUUGCAUCAUUACAUGCUCUAAAAGUAAACAAAAUUUAACAAAAUAAUCAACCUUCCAUCAUUAUUUUUGAGCAAUGAUUUUCCUGUUCUAAUGCUGAUAACUGGUGCUGCCCCAGGUUUGAGUACCUUAACCCUGGCUGUCAUAAUAAUUUCUGCCACCUUAUAAAACAUUUCCCAGCAGUAGUGUAGGGCACAAAAUGGGGGACACAGUACCCCUUCCACCAUCUAGUAGCAACCUAGGAGUAGGAGGGUUACCAUUUGCUGGAAUCAGUGGAGAUAUCUCUAAUGGUGGAGGACUGGGUGCCCCAAUACGGCAUAGUGCCAUUCUCGAAAGGCUUCGAGCUCGAAUUGCUGAUAUUCGCCAACAUCAUGUCAGCUGUGAGGACCGAUAUGACCGAAGUCAGAUGGAGACUACAGAGAGACAGCGGGAAGACACUUUACAUCUUCUUAAUCUUGUGCAACAAGGACAAAGUACUAGGAAGACAAAACACAGGGCCUCUCAGCACCCAGGAGAUUAUAACCAUAGAAUCCAUGAGGGUCAGCAGCAAGCAGUUCUUGGACCAGGCCUAGAAGCCAGGAAUACAACACUUAUUGCACUUCAAGGUUCACUGAAGAGGAAGUUAGGAGAACAUUUUUCAUCUGCUUGCACUGGAAGACAAAAUGGCAUUUCUGUCAGCUCCUUUCAGGACAUUAAAACUGUAAAACUGGAAGAAGGUUUCUCCUCAGUUCCAAAUAGAUAUCAUCUUAGCAAUGGACAAGGUCAAUCUAUACAAGGACCUUUAGCUGUAGAGCACAGGCUACAUGGAAAUAAUAACCUGAUGAAUGAUGCACAUUUGAAUAGAAAUUCUCCAUUCAAUAUGGCGGUCAAAGAGCCAAAAAAGGAACCAGGAGAAACCAUAUCUUGCAGCAAGCAUCUGGGCACUAAUAUUGUCCACGAUAACAUGCACUCAUUUGACUUCAAAGAUGAGUUUGUGGUUCAGGAAAUGGAUCCAGAGCUUCAGGAACUCUUUAGUGACUUCACUGACAUGUCCGUCCCUCAAAUGACAGAUCAGGAGUUGGAGAACAUGUUGAAUGUGACCAUUAAACAAGAUGAGGCUUACGAGCUGGACUUUGGGCAGCAGCCUCAUGGUAGACUGUCAGACUCAGUCUCACAGAUGGAGAAACCUGUAAUAAAAAGGGAAUGUUCACCUGCUUUUGAACAGACAUCUGUUGGCUCUCCAUAUUUAAUACCUUCAUCAUGCAUAACAAAUUUUUCUAUAUCAAGUGCAACAAUGUCCUUACCUUCAUUUGUUUCUUCAACAUUUCAGAAUAAUAACCAGCCUCAGAACUCAUCUUGUUCAAAUCAAACUGCGCCACCUUGGCAGGAAGUGUCUCAUGCUCAACAACUGAAACAGAUAGCUAGUCGACAGCAACAUUCUGCAAGUCAACAUCAGCAGCACCAGAACCAGUCAUCAAACUGGCCAGCUGCAUCGAGGUCCAGUCCCUCACAGAGACCUUUCAUCCAGGAUAAGAUUCUUAGGCCUCCUUUCUGUCAGCAGCAGUUCCGUACUCAAACUUCUGUAAUGCCUACGACUCCUGUGAGUGGCAGCUCAUCAAAAACCAGUAACACGUGUUUCUACACAUCAUCUACUGCCUCAGGUGAUCAUGGGGAUACUGCAUUGGAACAGCAGCCACAAGGUCAUAACAGAAAGUUUAUAAAUAACAUUCAGGAUCAUAACAGAAUUCUUCUACAUAACACAAACACAUCAUCAGACAUGCUGCCUUUUAGCAUAAAAAUGUCUCAAUUUCAUUCAGGAGUAUCAACCCAUCAUACAAUUUCAGCAAUGGCUCCGCAGAACAAGCCUUCAGUUUUGCAUUAUACCAACCAGCAACAACAGCAACAGCACCAGACAGUGGAUUUUAUGCAGUCCUUGCAGCAUCCAUCUACACAAUCAAAAAAACAGGCAACGGUGCAAAGACAUACAGGAGCGCCUCUGACUGUGCAAGAGAAAAUGACACUGCACAAAAUGCAACCGAAUCAACAAACCACUGGAUUAUCGUGCAAACAGAGCCAGGAGCUGCAUCCCACAAGUAGACAAGGAGGAUCUGGCCAAGGCAGCAAUCCAAGUCCUCCCAUUCAUCCAAAUCAUAUUGCUGGAGGGAGCUAUGUGAAUACCUCACAGCAGGCAGCCUUAAUGGAGAAAACACAAACCAUGCAAAGGCAGGCAAUGGACCAGAAACAACUUCUUCUGCGACAACAAAUGAGGAGUGACCUGGAUGGCAUAACACCUGAAGAUCAGUUAGGCCAGUGCUUGGUGCGACCACCUCCAGACUACAAAGACCAACGAAGGAACAUGUCUGGCAUGCAAAAGACAAAUCAGUGCCCAGGUGGUACUUCUCUAGGCCUGACCUCCAAUCAAGUAUUAUCGAAUCCUUUUUCUACUUCUACUGUACAAAACCCUGGAAUGAUGACAACCAAACACGGAACUCAAAUGCAUUUGGAUGCUGGUGACAGAAAUAUUGGUAUAUAUCCAAACACCACCCUUUGUCAGCAAAGUGGAUAUAGUGCUUCCUCUGGCAUGAGUCGGCCUAAUAUCCAGAAUCAAAUGGGAAGUAAUCAGAGUAAAGCUAUUACUGCAAAGCAGCCAACAAAUGCACAAGAAAAAAAUGUUUCCUCUUUUGCAGGUGGGCCUGUGGCAAAUGCACAGCAAACAAGACCAAAUUCAAACCCUGCAGUUUCUGCUAUCAUGGGACAAAAACUGGCAAAAAUGACAAUGGAUUCUAAUGCCAAAGCACAGUGCUGGAGCUCCCAAAGGUUUGUUCCAAAACAGUGUGAAAUAGGUCCUUCAGGAGUGCACUUCACUGGUAACAAUAUAUGCCCAAAACAAUCAUUACAGUCCAAUGUGGCCACUCAACAAUUUCCACAACACAGCAUGGUACCUCCCAACCAGGCUGCACAUGGUGGUCAGAUGCAGCCUGCAAGCAAUAUAAACCAAGCCAUAAGUGGACAGACUGCAGAAGCAUUGAGAGGUCAGACUAUGAGAAUUGACCAGAUAAGACCACAUAGCCUUCCCAAUAUAAGCCAUAUGGGUUCAAAUAUGGCAGAAGCAAGCCAAAUGUCUUACAUGCAGAUAGCAUCACCAAACAAUUUUAUAUCAAUUACACCAAAUUCUAGAGAAUAUCAAGGAACUAGCCAUGGCAAUGAUUUAAGAUUUGACUUUCUCAGUCAGCAAAGUGGCAAUGCAGAACCUACACAAAACAACAACACGGACUUCAUCGAUUCUUUGCUUAAAACAGGAAAUGUCAAUGAUGACUGGAUGAAAGACAUCAACCUUGAUGAAAUCCUAGGGAAUCAUUCAUAAUCUCAGACUUAACAGUCUACCAAACUGUCAGAAAACAACAGUGUACAGAGUUUCACUCAUUGUACCUCAUUUGUUUCCCUAUCCCUUUUCUUUAGUUUCAUCCCUCCAGUACUUUUCCAGAUGCAUUAACAUAAAUCACUGCUCAAAAAAAUCUGCAUUUUCCAGUUGUGUGACUUGAUUCACAACAAAGACUUUGCCUCAGAACUUGACUUAAAAAUAAUCAAAAUAUAUCUGUUCUCCAGUGACGUAUACAUAUCUGGACCUAUGUUCUUAUUUACAUAAAAAGGUAGCAGUGUGAUGUACUUGUUGAUAUGCAACAUAUUAUGAAUAUUUUAAACAUGUAUGCUAUUAUAACUUAAAACAAAUUGCUUUAAUGAUGAUAUAUGUUUUGCAAGAGUAGUGUUACCAAGUGAAUGCUAUAGAUAUCAAAGGUUAACAUACUAAAUAACCCCUUGAAAAUAACAUUUGUUUGGAGCUUAAUCCUUGUUUUAUGCAGAAGUAUCCUGUUAUUCACAGGAUUAGAGGACUAUACUGUUCAGCAAUUAUAAAUCCAGACAGUGUAACCUACUAGACAGAGAUCACACGCAUGAGUUCAGCAUUGCUCAUAAAAUCAUUAAAGAUGGUGUGGUGUUUAAAUAUUAUACAUUUAGACAGUGUUUCUUAAUAGCCAUGUAACUGCUACUGUUGCACAUCCAGAGACACUGAGAACAAGCCAUACAGAAAUGUAGUUGUUGUACAGAUGAUAUCUCAUAUGACUUUCACAGAACUCAUGUUUGUAAUUUUUAUAGCUUGUGACUGAAACCCUAGAAUUUCAGAUAAGCAUUAUCAGUUUAUCCAAGGCUGACAUACUGUAGCUUAUUAAAUGAGUUCUACUAGCAUGCAAAGUUUGCAGUUAAAAUUGAAUGCUACUUUUCAGCUUAUAUACCAAGUGAUCAAUUUUACAUAUUAGUUAAGCUAUGUAAAGGAUCGUGGAAGAUAAUUACUGACAUUUUAUGAAAUUCUGUAAUUUUGAAAUUCCUGUCAGUUACUUUUACACCUUCUUGAAAGUAAGAUCGCAUAGCGACUCAGAACCACAUUUUGAUGGCAAACACAUAUAUAGAACCAUGUAAUCAAAUGGGUUUAUAUAGAUUUUAUGAGCACAGUAUAUACAGAACCAUGUCAUGUCAAAUGAGUUUAUAUGGAUUUUAUGAGCA